CCAGCGAGAGAUCUGCGGCUAGCUGGCUGCAUUUGCUCCACGGGUCAGGGGAUCGCAGGCGGCAGGUUUGAAGAAUGAGCCAUUAAAAGGAAAGGUCAAAGAGUAAACAACAAGAAGAGGAAGAGGAGGAUUUCAAAGCUGGGAAGGAUGAGUUCUUGCAGCAACGUUUGUGGGUCCAAGCAGGCACAGGCUGCUACCGAGGGCGGGUACCAGCGCUAUGGAGUCCGGUCCUACCUGCACCAGUUUUAUGAGGACUGUACCACCUCGAUCUGGGAGUAUGAGGAUGAUUUCCAGAUCCAGAGAUCACCUAACAGGUGGAGCUCAGUAUUCUGGAAGGUUGGACUCAUCUUGGGCACAGUCUUCGUGAUUCUCGGAUUGACUGUCCUGGCAGUGGGCUUUCUUGUGCCCCCCAAAAUCGAAGCCUUUGGUGAGGCCAAUUUCGUGAUGGUGGACACACACGCUGUCCAGUUUAAUGGAGCCCUUGACAUGUGCAAGCUGGCGGGCGCCGUGCUCUUCUGCAUCGGGGGCACGUCCAUGGCAGGGUGCCUGCUGAUGUCAGUGUUCGCAAAAAGCUACUCCAAAGAAGAGAAAUUCCUUCAGCAAAAGUUUAAAGAGCGAAUCGCAGACAUCAAGGCCCACACCCAGCCCAUUACAAGAGCUCCAGGCCCGGGAGAAACAAAGAUACCAGUCACUUUGUCCAGGGUUCAAAAUGUCCAGCCCAUAGCGGCAACCUGA